AAAGCAGGAAACCAUUUCAACUUGUCAGUUCAGGGAAAUAGAAACUGAAGUGUAGUUGAGCUGCUGUGUGUUUGUGUUGUUCUCUGUAUUCAUGCAGUAAAAUGGCAGAAGCCAGAUUUUAUCAGGAUGAGUUCACGUGUCCUGUGUGUCUGGAUCUCAUGAAGGAUCCAGUGACUAUCCACUGUGGACACAGUUACUGUAAGAGCUGUAUUACAGGCUGCUGGGAUCAGGAGGAUCAGAAGAGAGUCUACAGCUGCCCUCAGUGCAGACAGACCUUCAGUCCAAGACCUGCUUUAGGUAAAAACACCAUUCUGGCUGAAAUGGUGGAGAAACUGAAGAAGACUAAACUUCCUGCUGACUGUUACGCUGGAGCUGGAGACGUGCAGUGUGACGUCUGUACUGGAAGAAAACACAAAGCCGUCAAGUCCUGUCUGGUGUGUCAGGAGUCUUUCUGUCAAACUCAUUUUGACCGUCAUGAGGAAUAUCACUCUCGUAAGCCACACAAAGUGAUCGAUGCCACUGGACGACUGCAGGACAUGAUCUGCCAUAAACAUGAUAAAGAGCUAGAAAUGUACUGUAUCACUGAUCAACAAUGCAUCUGUGUGCGGUGUAAGGAGUAUGAACAUAAAAACCACAACACUGUAUCAACUGCAGCACAGAGGACAGAGAAACAGAAACGGCUGAAGGAGACGCAGAUAAAGAUCCGUCAGAGGAUCCAGCAGAGAGAGAAAUAUCUUCAGCAGCUGAGAGAGGCUGUGGAGUCUCAUAAGCGCUCUGCACAGACAGCAGUGGAGGACAGUGAGAGGAUCUUCACUGAGCUCAUCCGCUCCAUCGAGAGAAGCUGCUCUGAGGCCACACAGCGGAUCAGAGAUCAGGAAAAGACUGCAGUGAGUCGAGCUGAAGGACGACUGGAGCGACUGGAGCAGGAGAUCAAUGAUCUGAGGAGGAGAGACGCUGAGCUGGAGCAGCUUUCACACACACAGGAUCACAUCCAUUUCCUGCAGAGUUUCCAGUCUCUCUCAGCACCUCCUGAAUCUACAGACGAACCCGACGAUCCCUUCAGUUCUCUCUCCUCUUUUGAUGGUGUGAGAGAAUCUGUCCGUCAGCUGAGAGACAAACUGGAGGAUUUCUGCAAAGAGGAGCUGAAGAUCUCUGACAGAGUCACAUUCACCAACAUGAAUCCCAAGACCAGGAACGACUUCCUACAGUAUUCCCAUCGGAUCACUCUGGAUCUGAACACAGUGAAUGAAGCCCUCCAUCUGUCUGAGAGGAACACAGUGAUUACUUACACUGACACACCGCUGUCGUAUCCUGAUCAUCCAGACAGAUUUGAUUAUUAUCACCAGGUGUUGUGUGGAGAGAGUGUGAGUGAUAGACGCUCUUACUGGGAGAUUGAGUGGAGUGGAUAUGAUGUGGAUAUAUCAGUGUCAUAUAAGAGCAUCAGGAGGAAGGGACGGGGCCAUGAGUGUGUGUUUGGAAAUAAUGAUCAGUCCUGGAGUUUGAUCUGCUAUUCCUCCAGUUACUCAUUCAGACACAAUAACAUACGGACUCGUCUCCUUGUAAAGUCCAUCAGACACAGGAAAAUAGGAGUGUAUGUGGAUCACAGUGCAGGAACUUUGUCCUUCUACAGCGUCUCUGGAGACACAAUGAUCCUUAUCCACACAGUCCAGACCACAUUCACUCAACCGCUCUAUCCUGGGUUUAGGGUUUUAUCUGGAUCAUCAGUGAAACUAAUUUGAAGAAUCAGAACAGACUGAUACUACCUAUAAUGCUUUGAGCUCAUGAUGAAUCAGUAACAUUGGCCGUUUCUCAAUCUGCGUAUUUGUCUGUACUUGUGUUCUUGUGGACUUGUGAAACGUCAUCAGUCGCUGUCCAAGUACUGUCCCAAUUCAAAGUUCACAUCUAGCCAAGUUCAGAUCAAUGAACCCCGGAUGUGUUCUUGAUCCGCCCCUUUUAUCGAGGAUGCAUCGAGAGGUGACUUGUGCAGACUUGAGAGAGCCAGGUAUCCCAGAAUGCAUCUCGCAUUAACGAGCAAACAUCAUAGUAAAGGAGAAAACCCGCAUAAUUUAAACAUAUUACUGUUAUUAUGUCAUGAUAUGUAGUUUUAAGAGUUUAUCAGGCGAGAAUGUGCUGGUUUAAAGCUCAAAUUUGUGGUUUAUUGAUAAAGAUAGCGCCUUUCUGAAAAUUUAAUCUGACGUUGUCAGAGUUGUGAGAUCCAGACGAUCACCGGACGCUCAGCGCUCAUGUAUCCAGCCGAGAGCAGCCUUACCUUGGCUACUCCUUCUGACGUUUGCCGCUGGCUCCAUUUUGGCUGAGGGCAACUUGACGUUUCAUAACUUUAUAUAUGGCUAUUUAACUUUUGUAUCCUAGUAAAUCGCUGAUUUUAUACGCUUGACUGAAUUGUUUGCUUUAUUUCUUAUUGUAUAUUCUUAUACCUUUUAUAAUGGCUAUUAUUGAACAUUAAAACUGACAUUUAACAAAAA